AUUACAAUCCCAUCUCUCUUAAAAGAUUAUUUGGUCUCUUUUAGCUUUCCAAGAAACCCAAAUUUUUUUUCCUCAAAAGGGAGGAAAAAAUAGGUUAAAGAAAUAUAAUGGAGUCGAAUAAAACGUUUUGGAUCAUCAUGCUGAUCGUCACGGUUUCUACUUUGGUGGAGACCAAAUCUGUGCCGCACAGAGAUUCUCACGCUGCGAGGUCUCUGCUCUCUGUCUCUCCACCUUCAGAGUCUCCAUCUCCAUCACCAGCUCCGGGUCCUGAAGUUGAAAAGACGAUUGCUACCCCUGCGAGUUCUCCUAUAGAGAUUGAUAUAGACUCUCCCUCGCCGUCACCAGGGGCUCCUGCUGAUUCCAUCUCUCCAGCUAAUGCUCCAUCGAUGAGCUCUCCCUCGCCGUCACCAGGGGCUCCUGCUGAUUCCAUUUCUCCUACUAAUGCUCCAACGACGAGCUCUCCCUCGCCGUCUCCGUCGCCAGAGGCUCCUGCCAAUGCUCCAACAACGGACUCUCCCUCUCCGUCAGAAGAGGUAGAAAUGGAUUAUCCCGAGGCUCUCGUGGACUCAGCUUCCCCUGCUAAUCCUCCUCCGACGGAGAUGGAAAUAGACUCUCCAUCUCCGUCGCCAGAGGGCCCCGAGGAAAGCCUCGAUGCUCCAUCUGGGGAAACACUUGUGAGUUCAGCUAAAACUCUUCUGAAGACAUUUUUAUCUCCCGAGAUCAAAACCAUUUGCAGCAAAACAGAUAACCCGGAGAUAUGCGAAUCUUCCGUUGCUCCUCUGUUAACGGCUGCGGUGAAACCCGACGCUUCCUCGGUCCUCGUUCUCGCCAUUCAAGCUUCCAUCAACGCUACCAAAGCGGCUAAACCCGCCGUCGACAAAGCAGCCGCACCCGAUUGCCAGGAGCUGUACGAUGACGCCGUGGCUAACUUGGAGGACGCGAUUAACGCCGUCAAGGAGAGUGACAUUGCAACCGUUAACACUAACUUGAGCGCGGCGAUGACGGAUUACGGCACGUGCAACGACGGUUUCGAGGAGUCUGGUGAGCCUAACCCGUUGGCUGACAUUGCUGACAAGCUUCACAAGAUGGUUAGUAACUGCCUAGCUAUCUCUUCGUUGAUCAAGUGAUGAUUAAUAUACACGGCAUUACGUUUUUUCAAAUCUUGAGAAUAUUAAAACGAAACAAAACUGUGAUGUCACGCUAUCUAUCUACGACGUUGUAUUCAUAAAUAUAUUUAAAGAGAUCGAUGUGAAGGUUUUAGGCGUUAUGCUGUAACGAUAUUUCAUGCAUCGAUAUAUAUCCUCGUUGUUAUAUUGUCAUGGUGUGUGUGGUUGUGGAUAUUGAGUUCUCGUGAAACAAAGUGAUAUAUAAUUGUAUAAUAUAUGUAAACUACAUCAUGGUGUC